CUCCGUCCGAUCCGGCGACGGCGACUCCCCCGACUGAGUACGGAUCCCCUUCCCUCCUCCUCUUCCUCUUACUCCUCAGACUAUCUAUGCCCCUAUGCUAUGGAGUAUGUAUGGCUUCGUCUCCGCCUAACCCCUGCCUGGACCUUAGGCGGGCGGCGCGCGGAGAGCCGGCGAGGGCCGAGGGAGGGGGUGGGGGCUGGGGAGCAGGCGUCCCGGCGAGGGGCACCUGGCACUGACGUGGCCAGUGGCCGGUGGCCCAGUCGGCCGCCUUCUUGCUCCGCCGGCUACUCCGACACUCCAUCCGCCGCCUCGAUCGGACCAUUCCGGCAAUCCCUCAAGACCUCCUUUUUCACAUAUCAAGCGGAAUUCAUGGGCAGUACACCUGCAGCAGGUGCUAACCUGCGAGCUGCCCUCUCCUACUGUGUGCAGCAAGUCCACAACUAUGAUUAUCACCACUAUCUCUGCCUUCUCCACCUACCUCCAUCCAUGCGCAAGGCUGCAUUCGCCUUCCGAGCCUUAAACGUUGAGACGGCAAAAGCCAUGGAUGUUGUCUCGGACCCUAAGACUGGCCUCAUGCGCCUCCUGUGGUGGAAAGAUGUAAUCGACAAGAUCUUUGCAAACAAGCUGGUUGAACACCCUGUUGCCCAGGUGCUCUCUUCGGUUGUGUCUGAGAGGAAGAUUAGCAAGCAUUGGCUCAAGAGGUCUGUGGAGGCAAGGAUAAAUGACGCAAACCAGGAUGAUUAUGCCAUUCCUGAGACAGUUUCUGAAUUGGAGAGGUAUGCAGAAGACACCCAGUCUACCAUCCUUUACAUGACGUUGCAAGCUGGUGGGAUACAGUCCACUAUUGCUGACCAUGCUGCCUCACACAUCGGCAAAGCUAGUGGGCUGCUACUGCUACUCAAGGCUUUGCCUCACCAUGUGAGUAAGCAAGGGAGGAUACCGUAUAUCCCAGCAAGUAUAGCUGAGGACUGCGGUCUGCUUACACGGGAGGGUGGCCGAUCAGAGGUCAGGAUGGGAGAUGAGCUCCCAGAUGCAGUUUUCAAGGUUGCAUCUGUCGCUGAUGCUCACCUGGAGAAGGCGCGGGAACUCGCCUCAUCUGUGCCAACGGAAGCAAUCCCUGUGCUCCUCCCAGGGGUACCAGCCCAGGUCCUUAUGGACUCCUUACGAAGCCGUGAAUUCAACGUCUUUGAUUCACGGUUGGCAAGGGGAGUUCAUGGGAUAUCUCCUUUGUGGUACCAGAUAAAGCUCAACUGGCACGCGUGGCAGAAGAAGUACUGACUAACUCAUCCACACAAGCACUCGGGGAGCUCGGGUUAGUUAUAUGAGAGCCUCUUUUACCAAAAUGCAAUAAGGUUGAUGAAGAGACUGAGAAACUACUUGCUGGUUGGUGCAUGUAUCGGGUUAUCUGAUUUCUCUCUGAGCACUGUCAGUAUGUUCCUCUCUAGGAUACGCAAGUGAUGUUAGAAUUGUUCGUUUUGUUUACUAUCCAUUUUUGCAUGAAGCAGAGGAAUGUAACAAGAUAGGUGCUGUUUUCUUUCUGUUGUGUUUCUUGGACAAUUGCUGGCCAACUAGCUGCACUACUGGCUUUUAUGCUUGC